AUGAUGAAGGCUGGAAUCAAUAACAGCUGGAUCGAUGCUUUAUCACAGACUCCUAUUUAUCAUCUGAUCCUUGAGAGUAAGACCUGGUAUGAAGCUCAGAGUUACUGCAGGAGGAACUACACUGACCUGGUCAGCAUCAGAGAUCAGCAGCAGAAUAAAGAGGUGAAGAUUAAGGGGUUAAACAGCACCAAUCCCUUCUGGAUCGGCCUGCUGUGUGAUAACUGGCAGUGGACUGAUGGAGGAAACUCCGCCUACAGGAAGUGGGGGAGCGCUGAACCUCAGUCAUUAACAAACCCCUGUGUAGUCCUGAGUGGAGGGAACUGGUCUAUAGUGUCGUGCAGUGAGAAACACUCUGCUCUGUGCUACAGCUGUGUCCAUGUGAGUGAUUACCCUAUGCCCUGGGAGGACGUGCUGGAUUACUGUACUGAAGGGAAAACGACUGGAGUUCUGAAAAUCAAUUCUGCAGAUAAACAGAAAGUAGUGGAGUCUGAGCUCAGGAGGAGGAAUAUCAGUGAGCCGGUGUGGGUGGGGCUCAGACAGAGUAUACUCCUCGGGUUCUGGAUCUGGGUGGAUGGGACAGCUGUGUACGAGUACUCUAACUGGUAUAAAAGGGAACAGCCUGAGGGUCCACUCACACAACACUGCGGCGCCGUCGUCCCUCCGAACUACACAUGGAGUGAUAGGAACUGUAAGGCUCAUUAUAAAGCUCUGUUUUACACCAAGUGUCCUUAA